AUGCCUCGUACGACCACACUCGAUUGUCCAGGUUGCCCUCCACUUCGAGCUCUAACCUUCGACGAGCUUGGUCUCAUAAAAGUUAUUGAAGCUCGAGGUAAGCAAGGAAGAGCAGAACCUAAGGUGGUUGAGAGGUGGGGCGACCCGGAUUCCUCUAAAUGCGUGCUCGCCGCCUCUAUCGAUGACCGAAAAUCAGACCCAUUACUAGCUGUUGCAAGAAGAAAUGGCAUGGUUGAAGUUCUUAAUCCUCUUAAUGGGGAUCUCCGUUUCGCAUUCUCCAAUGCCAGUAUUAAUGGCGUUCAGUCUGAAGAUGACCCCGUUGCUGGAUUGCAUUUAUUUGCCAAAAAGAAGUCGGAAUUGGCUUCUAGGUCUUGCACUUUGCUUACGUGUACAACAAAAGGAAAUGCAAGCAUAAGAUCCUUUGAAGUGAAUAAACCAGCCGCUGAUGUUGCUUCUACUGGGUCUUCAAGAACGUGGAGUGUAGGUGGCGGCGGCAAUAUCUUAUGUUCUAAAGUGGAUGGAAGUGAAAACUAUUUUUUAUUUGGAGGGAAGCGUGUUGAGAUGAAUGUCUGGGAUCUUGACAGCUGUGCCAAUAUUUGGACAGCAAAACCUCCUCCUAAAAACAGCCUUGGUAUCUUUACCCCAACUUGGUUCACAUCUGCCACAUUUUUGAGUAAAGAUGAUCAUCGUAAAUUUGUGGCUGGCACCAACAGCCAUGAGGUUCGUCUUUAUGACAUUUCUGCUCAGCGAAGACCUGUCAUAUCAUUUGAUUUUCGGGAGACUGCUAUUAAAUCUGUUGCUGAAGAUCUAGAUGGCUACACCAUCUACGUAGGGAAUGGAUCUGGUGACCUCGCUUCUUUUGACAUACGCACAGGUAAAUUGUUAGGUUGCUUUUUGGGGAAGUGUUCAGGUAGUAUAAGAUCCAUAGCAAGGCACCCUGAGUUUCCAGUGAUAGCAUCGUGUGGAUUGGAUAGCUAUCUACGGCUUUGGAAUGUGAAGACACGGCAACUACUUUCUGCUGUUCACCUGAAGCAGCAUCUGACAAACGUUCUUUUUGAUUCCAAUUUUGCUGAUGAAGAAGCAGAAAUUGCCCAUUCUGCAGCAGAUUGGCCGCUGCAUGAAGAUGAGAGAGACGAGGGCAAAACACCACCUGUGAAAAGGAAGAAAUCAAAGGAAAAGAAAGGAAUCAAGAAGGAAGCUGAAGCAAAAAGUGGAAACAAGGAAGAUGAGAGAGAUGAGCCGCUGCAUGAAGAUGAGAGAGAUGAGAGCGAAACACCACCUGUGAAAAGGAAGAAAUCAAAGGAAAAGAAAGGAAUCAAGAAGGAAGCUGAAGCAAAAAGUGGAAACAAGGAAGAUGAGAGAGAUGAGCUGCUGCAUGAAGAUGAGAGAGAUGAGGGCGAAACACCACCUGUGAAAAGGAAGAAAUCAAAGGAAAAGAAAGGAAUCAAGAAGGAAGCUGAAGCAAAAAGUGGAAACAAGGAAUCUUCUGAAGAAUAUGGAGGCAAGAAGGUGAAAUCCAAGAAAAGUAGCAAAAGAUUAAAAAUGUGA